UCAUUUUCCAUAGAAACCACUGAGGCAGAAAGCGUCGCUCGGAAACAAAAAGCGGAACUGUAGUUUUGUUGUUCCGCAGCAGCGGCGGAAUGUUUUAUCAGACGGACCACACGGACAACUAGCCUGUUAGCUCCGCUGGAAACAAAACCAGACUCGGAUCAGAUCUGUGGUCCCCCUACCUGUCCUCCGGCUGGGCCUGAUUCAGUUAACCUCCACUAGACCAGCUGUCUGUCUGCCUGUCUGUCUACCUGUCUACCUGCCGGAGCAGCAGACCGUCCCGCUGAAGAUGGGAGUCCCCAAGUUCUACCGCUGGAUCUCUGAGCGGUACCCGUGCCUCAGUGAAGUGGUGAAGGAGCACCAGAUCCCAGAGUUUGACAACCUGUACCUGGACAUGAACGGGAUCAUCCACCAGUGCUCCCAUCCCAACGACGAGGACGUCCACUUCAGGAUCUCUGAGGAGAAGAUCUUCACCGACAUCUUCCACUACCUGGAGGUCCUCUUCAGGAUCAUCAAGCCCAGGAAGGUCUUCUUCAUGGCCGUGGACGGGGUCGCUCCCCGGGCCAAGAUGAACCAGCAGAGAGGACGCAGGUUCAGGUCGGCUAAAGAAGCAGAAGACAAGAUAAAGAAGGCUCUGGAUAAAGGAGAGGUUCUCCCUACGGAGGCUCGCUUCGACUCCAACUGCAUCACUCCUGGUACUGACUUCAUGGCCAGACUCCAGCAGCAGCUCAAGUACUUCGUCCACAACAAACUGUCCACCGACAAACUGUGGCAGAACGUCAACGUCUACCUGUCGGGUCACGAGACCCCGGGGGAGGGAGAACACAAGAUCAUGGAGUUUAUUCGCUCUGAGAACAGGAAGCCGGGUCACAACCCAAACACCCGCCACUGUCUGUACGGCCUGGACGCCGACCUGAUCAUGUUGGGUCUGACCAGCCACGAGCCAAACUUCUCCUUGCUCAGAGAGGAGGUCCGCUUCGGAGGGAAGAAGAACCAGAAGAGGAUCACGGCUCCAGAAGAGACCACCUUCCACCUGCUGCACCUGUCUCUGAUGAGGGAAUACAUCGACUACGAGUUCUCUGGCCUCAGGAAUCAGCUGGGUUCUGAUUAUGACCUGGAGCGAAUAAUAGACGACUGGAUCCUGAUGGGUUUCCUGGUGGGAAACGACUUCAUCCCUCACCUCCCAAACCUCCACAUCAGCCACGACGCCCUGCCCCUCCUCUACAAGACCUACAUCAGCGUCCUGCCCAGCGUGGGGGGUUAUCUGAACGAGAACGGACAUCUGAACCUCCGAAACUUUGAGAAAUACAUCGAGAAGCUGGCUGAGUUCGACCGGGAACACUUCAGCGAGGUGUUUGUGGACCUGAAGUGGUUUGAGAGUAAAGUAGGUAACAAGUACCUGAACGAGGCAGCAGGACUGGCUGCAGAGAAGGAGGCCGCCAGCCAGCAGGCCCUCAAGGACCACAAGGACCAGGACGGUCCCUCCUCAGAUAAAGUGUGUGUAGGAGGAAGAGGAGGCGAGGAGGAGGAAGAGGAGGACGACAUGUUUGAGACAGAGUUCAGACAGUACAAGAGAACCUACUACAUGACCAAGAUGGGCGUCGACGUGGUGUCAGAUGAGUUUCUAGCCGACCAGGCCAAGUGUUAUGUUGAAGGGAUCCAGUGGAUCCUCCACUACUAUUACCACGGCGUCCAGUCCUGGAGCUGGUACUACCCGUACCACUACGCUCCCUUCCUGUCUGACAUCAGGAACAUCUCGGGGUUAAAGUUGACCUUUGACUUUGGGAAACCCUUCAUGCCGUUCCAGCAGCUGUUAGCCGUGCUGCCUGCUGCUAGCAUGGAGCUGCUACCGGAGAGCUACAGGCACCUGAUGACCAGCGAGCGUUCUCCCAUCAUCGAGUAUUAUCCUCUGGACUUUAAGACGGACCUGAACGGGAAGCAGCAGGAGUGGGAGGCCGUGGUCCUCAUCCCCUUCAUAGACGAGCGGUGCCUGCUAGCAGCUAUGGAGCCUUAUAACCACCAGAUGACUAAAGCAGAGAAGGACAGGAACUGUCACACUGAGUGUGCUGUCUACUCGUAUGAUGCUGAAGCUGACUUCUCAUACACCUCUACGCUGCCUCACCUGUUCCCCGACAUCGUCCACUGCCAUGUCAGGAGAGAGGACGUGCGUAUGGACGCCUGGCAGGUUCCUCUGGACCACGUGAGCCGCAGCGUGGACCGCUCAGCGCUCUACUUCUGUGGCUUCCCCACGCUGCAGCACAUCAAACACAAGUUCUUCAAGAAGAAGAGUGGUGUGGUGGUGUUCCAGCAGAGCAGCAGAGGAGAGAACAUGAUGCUGGAGAUCCUCCACACACAAGACUCACACACGGUGUGUGAUGAGGUGGCGGCUCAGGUUCUGGGCAGGUCUGUGUUUGUGAACUGGCCUCACCUGGAGGAAGCUCGCAUCAUCGCCGUGUCAGACGGAGACGUCAGGUUCAGUCUGGAUGAGGGUCCGGGGGUCCAGAGAGUGUACGAGCGUCCCUCCUCGCCUCCUCCCACUAAAGUCUGCUGUCUGUCUGACAAGGAGCAGAAGGACUGGCUGAAGGACGUCCAGGGCAUCACGGAGCACUUCGUGAAGAGGAAAGGGAUCAUGGUGAACGAGACCUCGGUGGUCCUGUACGGCCAGCUGCUGUCAGGGAGGAAGUACGUCCCCAAAGCCAACGGAGUGGUGGAGCUGGAGAAGCAGUGGGCCAAGCAGGUCCUGCCCUUCGCCUUCCAGACCGUCGUCAAGGACAUCAAGGCCUUCUACUCGUCUCUGACCUGCUUUAAGAGUCUAGACGAGCUCUUCCCUCCAGCCACCACCGUCUUCAUGGUGGGGAACCCGUACUACGGAGCCAUGGGAGAGGUGCAGGACUCCAGUGAUGUCAUCAAAGAUGGCCGCGUCCGCGUGGUCUUCAACGUGCCUCAUGAACCACAGCUGGAGCCUUUGAUCCAGAACCAGCAUAAGUACUGUGUGAAGUACAGCCCCGGGUACGUCCUGGCCUCUCGACUCGGCAUCACCAGCUACCUCGUCUCCCGCUUCUCAGGAAGCAUCUUCAUCGGCCGAGGCUCCAAGAAGAAUCCGUGUGGAGAGCAGAAGGCCAACGUUGGCCUCAACCUGAAGUUCAACAAGAAGAACGAGGAGGUUCCUGGUUACACCAAGAGGACGGAGAAGGAGUGGCUCUACUCUGCUGCUGUGGAGGAGCUGCUGGCUGAGUACCUGGACAGAUUUUCUGAGGUUUUCAACAACGUGUCCAGAAACAGUCACGAUGAUGUUUUCUAUGAAGACGACAUCUGGCCUGAAGAGGAGCAGAACGGGGCGGAGAAGGUUUCUGAGAUCACGUCGUGGCUGAAAGGUCACCCGGUGAGCUCCAUCGGCAGGACGUCCUGCGACCUGCAGGUCCUCGACUCCGCCAUCGUGGAGAGAAUAGAGGAGGCCGUGGAGAAGGCCAAGGUGAAGAAGAGCACCAAGAAGGUCCGUGUGACAGUGAAGCCUCAUCUCCUCUUCAGGCCGUUGGAGCAGCAGCAGGGCGUGGUCCCGGACCCCGACUCAGAGUACCGGCUGUUUGACCGGGUCAUCAACAUCAGGGAGAGCUUCACCGUCCCACUGGGCCUCAGAGGAACCGUCGUCGGCAUCAAAGGAGCUGAGCGGGAGGCGGAGGUUCUCUACGAGGUGGUGUUUGAUGAGGAGUUUGCUGGAGGCCUCACCAUCAGGUGUGCGUCUCCUCGUGGGUACCGCCUCCCCCCCUGUGCUCUCAUCAACCUUUCCCACGGAGGACGAGUGGACCACACCUCCCACAAGCUCACCGCCAUCGUCAAGCCUCAGCCCGCCACCGCCGCCAGCUUCUCCUCCAGCCGCCAGAUGACGGGCCUCAACCACUCGCCACGCUCGCCAUUCAUCCCCACGCAGCAUAACAACAAGCAGCAGCAGCAGCAGCAGCAGCAGCAGCAGCAGCAGCAGCAGGUGGUGAAGGCAGCAGCCAAUAGGAACUCUCCCUCUAAAGGUCCCAUCCAGAGACAACAGGCCAAGGAGUACAACAACGUGUGGCAGUCCAUGCAGAACUCUUGUCCUCCUCUCAAACCUCCGGCUCACUGGCAACACGAAGGAGUCUCACAACAGGGCAAGAACCAGCAGGCUCCAGUUGGAGGAAUCAGACUGUUGAAGAAGAAUGAAGAUGUUAACUCUCUGUUCCCCACACACACUACAGCCAAUAAGGCGACCACUGAGUUUGAGGACCUGAUCGCCAGUCUGAAGAUCUCCAAGGGCAACCAGCAGACCCCGCCCCCCCCUCCUCCUCCCCAGGCCCCCAGCAGCCAAUCAGACGGCCCGUUGUCUCCUCAGUCCUUCGCCAUGAAGGGAACCUUGAUGCUGAAGGAGAUGCUGAAGAUUGACGGGGCUGGGACAGGAAGUCCCGCCCCCCAGGAGGCAGCGAACAGCGUCCAGCAGCAGAACAGGAGACGAUCCUCCAAGAAGCUCGCAGCCAACAUGAACUCUCCCCACGGAGACGCUCCCAUCAUGGCGUCCCCCGUCAUGGCGUCCUCCAACCUGUCCAACCUGUCCAACGCCGUGCUGGGCAGCAAGGUGUCAGAGCUGGCGUGUGUGUGUGCCAGACUGGGGAUGGGCCCGCCGGACUUCAGCUUCAUAGGCAACAGACAGACUCGUAGCGUGGUGUGUCAGGUGAAGCUCUCCAGUGGGUUGAUGGUUCACGGCCCUCAGUGCCAAUCAGAGAACGAAGCCAAGGAGAAAGCUGCCUUCUUCGCCCUGCAGAGACUGAACUCUGUGGGGUCCGGGUUCCCCCUCCCUCCGGCGCUGUUCCCUGGAGUGGCUCAGAUCAGACCCCCUCCUCUAGGACCCAUGCCCCCCGUCUUCAGCCAGCAAGGUGGGCUGCUGCUGCCCCCCCAGGGUUACGGUCCGGCCCCCAUGUGGGGUCUGCCGCUGCCUCCUCACCACCAGAACCAGAACCAGACGUUCUACGGGACAGGAACCUUCCCCGGAGCUGCUCGCCAGCAACCUGCAGCAGCAACAACGCUGCCCAUCGGAUCACACAACCAGUUUAUCCCACUACAGGUGACUAAGAAGCGAGUCUCGGCCAACAAGAAGAACCAGGAGACUCGAGAGUUCUACAGCGCCGCCCACACGGUGGCCAGGAACCAAUCACAGCGAGGCCAGAGCCAGCCGCCCUUCGACCAAUCAGCAGCUCCGGGCUUCGACCCGCCGCACCAGUACACCGUCAUCAACGACCCCGCCUCCUCGUCCACUGGUGGUGUAGGAGACGCAGCCGUCUCCAUGACGACGACGACGGCAGCCCCACACACCCCCCCUCGACAGAACGCCCCGGCAACAGGCCACACCCCCGGCUCCGCCUCCAAGAGGAAGCACAGGAAGCUGGCGGUCAACUUCGAGGCGGCAAAAGUCUCUGAGUGACGAGGUGUGUGUGUUUCUGUGUGUGUGUGUGUGUGUGUGUGUGUGUGUGUGUGUGUGUGUGUGUGAGAGAGAAAAGGUGUGUUUGGUGUUUUUAGCUGCUGUUUUUAAAUCUGACUCAUCUUCUCUGAUUAAACCUCAAACUAAACGAAUCCAAACACGACAACAAAAACACAUGAUGUGAUCUGAAACAUGAGACGAGAGAAACUGGAUCAGAAUGAUUUAUAUUUGAAUUUUUAUUACUUAACUCGAAUAAUUGCAUUAAAAACCUGAAUUUGAAUCACAACAUUUGUAUUUGCAUUGUUCAAUUUGAAUCAUAGCAUUGAAAAACGGAAUCUGAACUGUAAUUUGAAACUGAAUUUAUUAGUUUGGAACUGAAACAUUCAGUUUUACAUGUUUUUUGGGGUAAUUUGACAUAUUUUUGGGAUAAUUUUACAUAUUAUUAGGGAUAUCUUAAAAUUCAAUUUCAGUUUUCUGUGACGAACAUGGUGGUCGUUAAGGCAGAACAAUCGAUCACAGAUACACAGAUCGCAUCUUCAGCCAAUCAGCAGCUCUGUGUAUCUGGGCUCGAUUGCUCUGCCUUAACUACCAGGAUGUUCGUUAUAGAAGAUUGAAUUUGAAUUGAAAGAUGUAAAAUUACCCAUAAGAGAUCAAAAAUUAUACCUAAAAAAUAUGUAAAAUUACCCCAAAAAAGAUGUUAAA